AUGGCGGUCCCGAAUCGCGUGGAAGCUAAACAAAUGCGAGACCAUCCUCACAGAAUACACGAGUUUCGUCUCGCCAAUCUGGUCACAGACCCGUUCGCAAUCUCGUCGCUUUCACUCGCACUGAUCGCUUGGAUCAUCGCGUUCGCGGGCUCCGUAGUAGCAGCUUCAAAUUCCAAAAAAUACCCUGCAUUCAGCUGGUGGGGCAUAGUGUACCAGAUACUGCUCAUGGUUCUCGUUUUGAUCCUGUAUUGCUACGAUUUGAUCGACUAUUACAAGUCAUUCCUCAGCGGGGCGUUAGCCGUUGCUUUUGUAUACACAACAAACAGUGCUGCGGAAAUGCUAUACCAGGAUGGCUCUAGAAUGGGAGCAGCGUCGGCCGGCGUUAUACUGCUGUCCAUGAUCAACAUCAUUUGGAUGUUUUACUUCGGUAGUGACAAUGCGUCUCCCUCCAACAGAUGGAUCGACUCUUACUCUUUGAGAGGCAUACGUCAUUCCGUCCUCGAAUCAUCCAUUGCGAUGAGCAGCAGGCCACCGCUAGUCAGCCGCAACGUUUCCAAGUAUUCGGCUUCUCCACAAAUGGAUCUUUAUAACGCCACUCCUGCCCCCCACUCCCAGGGAUUUUACCCAGACACCCAUUCACAGCAUUACGUCUCUUCAACCGCGCUCAACGGUUUCGAAAACGCAGGCCCACCAACCGCACCGGCGCUUCAUGGCAACAUGGGGCACGGAAACAACACUAGUACUUUUGUCACUGAUACAACAAAUGGUAACACGGAAACAACAAUGGGUGACACUCUAGGGCUUUACAGCGACGCUGGUGAUGAGUUAACUAGCUUCCCUUACGUCGCUAAAGCUUUGUACACAUACACUGCAGACUCUAACGAUGCAUAUGAAGUGUCUUUUGAACAAGGUGAGAUGUUGAGGGUUGGCGACAUCGAAGGCAGGUGGUGGAAAGCGAAGAGAGCGAAUGGAGAAACAGGCAUAAUUCCAAGUAAUUAUGUCGAGUUGGUCGGAGAAAACUCUAUUUAA